ACAUUAAGUACAACGAUAAGAGUGCAUGGACAUGUGUGUCACCGUUGUAGACCUUGUGCGUAAAUCGUGACGCAGGUGUACGUUUUGUCUGGUGAAUAGGAAACCCGCUCGUCAAGAAAACUGCGGACUGUGGUCCUAUCGCGGGCCUUGUACUGUAAUUUUAUAAAAUCACAGCGUAUAUAAAAACAAUAAUAAUAAUAUAUAAAAAAUAAAUAAAUUUUACAAAAAUUAUUAAUAAUUAAUUUUAAAAAUAAUAGACCAAAUUUUUUUUUGUACUUAAAAAUAAAAAAAAACUAUAUAAAUAUAUACAUAUAUAUAUGUAUGUAUGUAUAUAUAUAUAAUAUUAUGAGAAAUAAUAAAUUGCACUGGAUAUUUAUUUCAGGAUAUUUUUUUAGUGACUCCACUACGGUCCUCGUUCGUUUAGUUGCGUUUUCUUAUUAUUUAUAGAAAGACGAAAUAUAACGCAUUUGUGAGAAGAAGUUUGUGCACUUAAAAACCUCCAAAUUAUAAUAUAUAUUUAAUAUAUUUAUUAAUUAUAAAUUUUAAAAAAUUAAUUAAAAAAAAAAAUUAUUUAAAUAUUUUAAACGUCAACUAAAAAUAACCAAAUAAAUAAAUAAAUAAUAGUAAUUAUAAAACAAUUAACAAUUAGUGCGUGCUUACUAAUCGUGAGAAAAUAGGGUUGCGUGUUUUUAGAUAAUAACUAACGAUAUAAUUUGUAAUUUGGCUGUAAGUUGCUGUAAAUUUUUGAAAAAUUCAAAGACGAUUAAAAAAUUUAUUUUGUUUUAUAGGCUGGAGAUUUUUAUUUAUUUUAAGUAGAAAAAUUAAUGCGACAAAAUGUAUGGACUAAUAUUAGAAAAUAUGUCAGAAUUUAUUCGUCAAAAAUAUGGAGAAGAAAAAUGGGAAGAAAUAAGAAGACUCGCGGCUGUUGAUCAGCCCAGUUUUAGCGUUCAUCAGGUUUACCCAGAGAAUUUAAUCCCGCGGUUGGCUAAAAAGGCUGUUACUGUACUCGGGAUAUCAGAAAAUGAAUUUUUCGAUCAAAUGGGAGUACACUUUGUGAGUUUCGUUGGUCAAUAUGGUUAUGAUAGAGUGUUAUCAGUAUUAGGACGUCAUGUACGUGAUUUUCUGAAUGGUCUUGAUAACCUUCAUGAGUAUCUUAAAUUUUCCUACCCACGUAUGCGUGCGCCUUCAUUUAUUUGUGAAAAUGAAACACGUCAAGGUUUGACAUUACACUAUCGAAGUAAAAGACGUGGUUUCGUUUACUAUACAAUGGGCCAAAUCCGUGAAGUAGCCCGACAUUUUUACCACAAAGAAUUAAUUAUCGAAUUAAUACGUGAAGAAGUACUUUUUGAUACAGUCCAUGUUACAUUUCAAUUGACGUUCGAUAACCGCGCAUUCACUUUUGCGUCACUUGCUAUGACCCGUGAAGAAAAACAUUUACCGAUCGGCGCAUCGGUUUUAUUUGAAAUAUUUCCGUUUUGCAUCGUCUUUGGAUACGACAUGGUUGUGAGAAGUAUCGGUAAUUCUUUGAUAGUAAUUUUACCCGAUUUAGUUGGAAAAAAAAUAACUCACUGGUUUGAUUUAGUGAGACCAUUGAUUGCUUUUAAGUUUCAGUCGAUAUUAAAUAGAACAAAUAACAUAUUCGAAUUAGUCUCAGUAGAACCAGUUUUGACAGAACGUCCGGCGGACCGCAAAAAACAGGCGGUAUUCCUGAGUGACGACAGUUCAAAUUUACCUGAAGAUAAAACUUUGAGAUUAAAGGGGCAGAUGAUUUACAUGGAUAAUUGGCGGAUGAUGAUGUAUCUCGGUACGCCAGUUAUGCCAGAUCUCAAUGCAUUGAUAGCUACUGGAUUGUAUAUCAAUGAUUUAUCGAUGCAUGAUUUCAGCAGAGAUUUAAUGUUAGCCGGCACUCAGCAGUCCGUUGAAUUGAAAUUAGCUCUAGAUCAAGAGCAACUUAAAAGUAAAAAGCUUGAAGAGUCAAUGCGUAAAUUAGACGAAGAAAUGCGUCGUACUGAUGAAUUACUCUAUCAAAUGAUACCCAAACAAGUUGCCGACCGCUUGAGAAAUGGAGAAAAUCCAAUAGAUACUUGUGAAAUGUUUGAUAAUGUAUCAAUCCUAUUUUCCGACGUGGUUACAUUCACUGAAAUUUGUAGCAGAUUGACCCCCAUGGAAGUUGUGUCCAUGUUAAAUGCCAUGUAUUCACUUUUUGAUACACUCACUGAACGUAAUCGUGUUUAUAAGGUAGAAACAAUAGGCGAUGCUUAUAUGGUAGUAUCUGGAGCACCAUCGAAAGAAACAGAUCAUGCUGACCGUGUUUGUGACAUGGCCUUGGAUAUGGUCGAAGCAAUUACUGAUUUAAAAGAUCGUUCUACUGGUGAUCAUUUGCAAAUACGCGUGGGUAUUCAUAGUGGUGCAGUGGUAGCAGGUAUAGUUGGUCUAAAAAUGCCGCGAUACUGUCUGUUCGGUGACUCUGUAAACACUGCCUCGCGCAUGGAGGCCACAAGUGAGGCCAUGCAAAUUCAUAUAUCACAAUCGACUAAAGAGUUACUAUCGCCGUUUUAUAAGGUCAAGGAGCGUGGCGAAAUACAGGUCAAGGGCAAAGGAUCAAUGAAAACGUACUGGUUGGAAAAACGUCCAUUGCGUUCAAAUGUUACAAAAAAUAUAACAAUACAAGAGCCGCCAAUCUGGAUGAAUCGCAUGACGGAAAAACGCACGUUAUUGUCAAACAACAACAGUACUGUCGCCUGUGGAUCACCACAUAAAUUAUCAGACAGUCAUUCAUAUAUUGAUAUAUCUGCUAAAUCUCCUGGAUCACGAAUUUCUUCUCCUACACCAUUUGGUUCCACGGGAAUUAUCUCUGAUGAACGGCGUAUUUAUUCACCGAUUACUUUUCAAGAUGUUGCGCGUCGUUCAGAAGCUAAUACGCCCACCAAAAGUCCUAAUUUGUCAGAAUUACGUUCAAAUUCAGUAAGUGAAGCAUCAUCAACAACAUCAACAGCAGUUUGUAAUCCGUCAAAUGUAUUUGGAUCAUUAUUAAACGAUACCGAAGAACACUUUCGUUUACACCGAGACAGUUUGCCAAUUAGAGAACAAUCAGCAGGAGUUCACGGUAGAACAGAAUUAAAAAAAUUUUCUCGUGAAGCGACACCAUGUGAUGACAUCAACAUCGCACUUAUGAAUGCAUUUUGUCCUGCCAUGGAGAGCAGCGAGUCUCUAAAUAAUUCCCAAUUAUUAAUUAGAUCCGAUCAAUGUUGCCCGAGUUUCGCUAUUCCAAAAAGCGGCAAAGCUAAACAUCACGGCAACGGAUGUUGUGUUUGUUAAUUAUUAAAUAUAUUUUUUCAUAAUUACUUUAAUUAAUAAUUAAUAAUUAUAACAUCUAAUAUAUUUAAUAAAAAAUAUUAUUUAAU